CACCCCCAUCGGCAUCAUCGUCGCAGCCUUGCCUUCCUCCCACCGUCCCCACGGCCGCCGCGCCGCCUCGCCGCUUUCCCCGUUCCCGCCCCACGUCCACCCCUGCCGCCGGGUGGCUUAAUCCAGCACCUAGGCGGGAGAAGUGAAAAGUAUCACGACUCGCAGCGUUAGGCUAGUGAUGUCGGAGACGGCGGCGCCGAUCGGCCUGUCAUGGGCGCCCAAGCUGCCUUCCCUAGCGACGACGAGCGGUGGCAGCAAGAGCGACCGGGCGCCGAAACCGAGCACCGCGCAGGGGUCUAUCUGGAAGCCCGCGAGCGAGCUCGUGGACGGGCUGUUCGUGCCACCGAUGGACCCCAGGAAGGUUAACAAGCUCGCCAGGAAGAACGUCAAGGACACCACCGGCAAGGGCUGGUUCGACAUGCCGGCGCCGAGCAUCACUCCCGAGUUGAAGAAAGAUCUCGAGAUUUUGCAGCUGAGGCAUGUAAUGGACCCAAAAAGGCACUUCAAGAGGGCAGGAAAGUCCAAGGCCCUUCCCAGGUACUUCCAAGUUGGUACAGUUGUUGAGCCUGCAUCUGAGUUCUACUCAGGUAGGCUGACAAAGAGGGAGCGGAAAACAACAUUGGUUGAUGAGCUGUUAUCGGAUCAAUCUCUUAAGAGCUACAGGAAGCGCAAGGUACGGGAAAUCCAGGAGAGUCGUACGCCAGGAGGCAACCAAAAGUGGAAGAACAAGGGGAAGCAAACACUUAAGAGGGCCAAGGAUAGGCGAAAAUGAGAUUGGUGCGUCAAUUGCUUCGGUUGUGAGAAAGAAGAGAGUGAAGGAAUGGACGAAGGAUUGCCUUCAAGUUGCACUAUACUUUCUCAACUUUUUUUGGUAUAAAUUGUGAUUCCAGUGUAAUGUGUGGUGAACUUCAGCAACAUGUUGCAUGCAUUUUCAGGUCUAAAUAUUUUCAGAAAUCUUUGUUCGUGGACUC